GAAGUAGAGACACACGAUCGGUAAAAGCAAAACAAACACGCCACACGCCUACUCCCAUCAUCGACCACUCCGAAGUCGCCCCGCCACCUUCUACAACGCCGUUCAUCGAUUAUUCGGGUCGGAUCUCCGUCGAAUUCGGAUCCAAUCGCGAUCGGCGAUGAUGGCUAAACUCUACGUGCAGAUGGCGCCGCCGGCGGAUCUGAACCGGAACACAGAGUGGUUCACCUAUCCUGGCGUAUGGACUACCUACAUAUUGAUUCUCUUCUUCUCAUGGCUUGUCGUUCUCUCCGUCACCAAUUGCACCCCCGGCAUGGCAUGGACGAUCGUCAAUGUCUGCCAUUUCCUCGUAACUUACCACUUCUUCCACUGGAAAAAAGGGACCCCUUUUGGUGAUGAUCAGGGAAUCUAUAAUGGCUUGACAUGGUGGGAGCAAAUUGACAAUGGAAAGCAGCUCACUCGCAAUAGAAAAUUCCUCACAGUUGUUCCAGUGGUUCUCUACUUGAUAGCCUCUCACACAACGGAUUACCAGUACCCAAUGCUGCUCUUCAACACAUUGGCAGUACUUGUGUUGGUUAUUGCUAAGUUCCCUAAUAUGCACAAGGUCCGAAUCUUCGGAAUCAAUGGGGAUCUGUGAACUGCCUCUUCUUCCAACAGUUCAUCUUAACUUAGUAGUUGGAGAAUACUUUAUCCUCACAAUAUCUGUAAAGAAGGUUAUGCAUCUUUGGUGUAUAGAAUCUGCAUCUGGAACCGAUAAAUACGUUUUGGUCUAUGUAGCAUAUAUUUCACUACUGUUUUUACGGGCACUCUGAAAACUGAGAACCAGUAUAUUGUAAACAAGCUGUUUAUUCACACUAGAAAUUUUGUAUACUUGGAAGAUCAGUUAUGCUAUCA